CACCUUCGACACUGGGACCAUAGAUAGCAUUCCGGGAGCAUCAGACAUGUCCCCAGCUGGUCCAUCCAAGACCGAGCCUGCGAUCAGGAGCAAGCUUGUCAUACGCAGGCUGCCUCCUAAUUUGCCCGAAAACAUUUUUUGGACAUCCGUUGAGCCUUGGGUCCACGCGGAGACGUGUCUUUGGAAACGAUUUGUCCCAGGCAAGGCUGGAGAUGGACGUGAUCAAAGGCCGGUCUUUUCACGAGCUUACGUCCUAAUGGCUUCACCCGAAGCUCUAGUCAACUUUCAUCGAGGAUUUGACGGACACCUGUUCAGAUCGAAAACUGGCGAGGAGUAUCAAGCAGUUGUCGAAUUCUCUCCGGUUCAGAAGACUCCAUACAAGGCCAAGGUUAAGACGGAUGCUAGACAGGGGACCAUUGAGGAAGACCCCGAUUACAAGUCCUAUCUCGAUAGCCUUUCUGCACCUCCAACCGCUCCGGCCGAGGAAGUCAGCAAGCCUUCAGGAUCAGCACCCGUUCCAACUUCAACACCGUUACUGGAUCAUCUGCGAGCGCUCAAGAAGGCGAAGAAGAAGAAGGAUCCGUCCGUCAAGGAAGCAGCACUGUCGGCCGUCACCAAGGCUGCUGCGAAGCGAGCACCACAACAGCCAAAUGUAGUUAUGGUUGCGGGACCAGGCCGAGAUGUCAAAGUCGCACCGGCAGAAGAGGGCAAGAAGAAGAACAAGAAGAAAGCCAAGGGAGAGGCAGCGGGUUCUGGACCGAAAGACGCUGCGAAAGGUUCAAAGCAGCAGCAGGACGCCGCUGCACCUCCACCAAGUAUAUCAAGAUCGACAGCGCCAGCCAAGGAGAAAGCACAGCAGGACCCGAGUGCUCAGCCGGCUCGUGGCCUUACAAAGGCGUCCAACGACGCCACCAACCCACCUCGCGAGGCUGGAGCUAGAGGCAGAGGCCGUGGACGAGGACAGGGGCAAGUCCACGAGGGUUCGGGAAGGUCGGCUCGAGGAGCUGUUAUGGAGAUACUGUCGAAAAACGCGGAAGGUGAGAAGGGAGGCGGGAGAGGCGGAAGAUCAAGGGGUCGAGGCAGGGGUACCCCGUCCUCGACUGUAGCCGCACCGGGACCUGCAAGAGGAGAAGAAGCGUCGGCUUCUGAGACGUCGCUGGCGGCCCGCCAGGAGAGAAUCGAUGCCUGAGGUCGCGUACCGUAUGUUGUAGCUCAAACGAGACUGGCACAUGCAUCCGAGAUGCUGCGCAAGCAGCAGGUCGUCCAGGGACACUGCUUAACAUUGUGACUCCUGGCAUGUAUUCACCAAUCGCGGACGCUGCUCAACUAGUGUUUCGCCACAGCAUCCAACCCGAAAACAA